UGUCCCUGCUUUUGCUACAGGUACGCUUGAGGAAAACAUUCUCACACACAGAUAGACUGUCAGUGUGCUUCCUUGACAAGCGAUAUGCCUCAAACAGGUGCUCCAAGUCCAACAAUGCGGGAAAGAAAGCAACAUGGACAACAACAUCAGUCACAGCCUACUACUCACACUCAUAGCAGUACGGGAAAUACUAACAGGCAAAGUGGCUCAAGAUCCCACCAUCAUUAUGAAAGGCUAACAAGGUUUAGCUGUGAGGAGCGUGCUGCACAAGUUCAACAAAGAAAAAGAAGCGGCAACUUCAAAACAAGUCCGGCGCAGAUGAAAAGUGAUGCGAGGGACAUACAUGUACCUGAACGUCCAGCCCAGAGUAACAGUAGAGAAAGGAGAGGUUACUGGAGGUCAAGUCCUGUACAGACACGGAAUGUAAGAAGGAAUGCGUCAAGACAUCCACCUUCUGCAGCCCAGGGUAGGAGUGACAGCAGAGACAGGACAGAGGAGGCCACGGGCAGCAAGACUGGACAGCACCGUGACAGUGUUAGGAGGGAGGCUGGGUGCAGCACAUCAAAAAGCAGCAGGAGUCAAGAAUAUGUUACACAUUUGGAUGAAAUGGAGAGUAGAGCUCCCCACAGAAGAUCACCUGUACAGACCAGGUCCAGCACACGGGUGGCAGGUAGUCUAACCGAGCAAUCCCGACAGCCGCAACCAGGACCAACAGCUGCACAAGGGAAUAGGAACAGCAAGGCACAGGCAUCUGUUCUUGGAAAGACUUCAGCCAACCAGGCAGGCACUAGUCAGGGAAAAACAGUGAGGGGGAAAUCUGGAGCAGCACACAGCACAUCAAGGCUGCCACAAAAGUCAUCUGGGCGACAUUACGGUAAACAAGAAAAAAAGAGGACAGCAGUGCCAAAAGGAGGGACAGCCCGGCCAGCUGGGAGGAAGACAGCCAGGAAAACUGAUGAGGGCUCAACAUCGAGGGGAGGAACAGCACGAUUUGGUGGGAGAAAGAGUAACACCGGCACAGCACCACCUAGUGUAGCUACAACUAGAACAACAGGGAAGAAGAGAACAGCCGACCAGGCAUUCGGUGAAGGCAAACAAACAACAGCAAAAGCUUGUGUAACUAAGAAGGGGAAUAAAAAGCGAACAACCCCUAAUGAAGCCAAGAGCCAGAGCAUACCCCCUGCAACAACAGCAGAAACAACCAAGAGGCAGAGAAUAGCAGCGGAGCCUGACUGCUGUGCCAUCUGUCUGUCUGAGCUGACCACCCAGCCGCUAGCACGCCCCGACAUCUGCCGCCAUGUCUACUGUCUGGACUGUCUGCAGGCCUGGCAACAGAGGAGGAAAACCUGCCCAAUAGACAACAAACAGUUCCAGACACUUCUACCGUACAGCAAAGAUGGGAAGGAUAUUAAGAUACCUGUGGUUAAGAACAAUUCAAGCAAUAGAAAUGGAGUACCGGUAGUACCAGUUGGCAACCAGCCUUACAAUCCGCUACUGGCAGGACAGAACAGGAGUGAACCCAGGAAUCAGAGGGAUCCCCACAAUGUGCAUUGGGGUGAUGAUUCAGAGGAGUGGGAUGACCACCAAGAAAGUUGGGAUGACGAAGGUUCACAGGCUGCAGUGGCCUAUUGGGGCGCUGGGUCUGCUCAUUAUUCCAACGGACCAGGUGAACGGACAGAGACAUUUGGGCGAUACACAGGGGAAUCUGGCUCGUCUAGAUGA